AAGACUAUGUACGGCGCGAAUGUCAUCAUAUGUGACGGAAUACUGAUAUUCGCCAACAAGACAUUGGUUGAUAUGAUGGAUAUGAAGGUGUUUAUAGACACCGACUCAGACAUACGACUGGCCAGACGUCUGCGUCGCGAUAUCACCGAAAGGGGCAGAGAUCUGGAGGGUGUCAUCAAACAGUACAACCAAUUCGUGAAACCCAUGUUUGACUUCUAUAUCCUCCCGUCGAUGAUUCACGCGGACCUCAUUGUCCCGCGAGGGGGCGAGAAUCAGGUGGCCAUCGACCUCAUCGUACAGCACGUCCACACACAGCUCCAGUCCAAGGGACUCAAACUCAGAUCCAAAUUGAUUAAAAUACAUACCGAUCAACCCCUCCCCCGAUCACUCAAACAACUACCCCUUACGCCACAAAUCAAGGGAAUGCAUACUUUUAUCCGAAAUCGGGAGACAACGAGAGAUGACUUCAUUUUCUAUUCAAAACGAUUGAUGCGUUUAUUGAUUGAGUUCGCGCUCUCGUUAUUGCCGUUUAAAGACGUAAUCGUGGAAACGCCGCAAAACGUCAAUUAUAACGGAAAGCGAAUCAACUGCCAGAAGAUCUGUGGAGUGUCUAUAUUAAGGGCCGGAGAGACUAUGGAACAGUCGUUGUGUGAUGUCCUCAAAGAUGUCAGAAUCGGAAAGAUAUUGAUUCAGACAAACAGAGAGACGGAUGAGCCAGAAUUAUAUUACCUGAGAUUACCUAAAGAUAUAAAGGACUAUAAGGUUAUGCUUAUGGACGCGACGGUGGCGUCGGGUGCGGCCGCUAUGAUGGCUAUUAGGGUACUCCUGGACCACGACGUGCCCGAAGAGAAUAUAUUCCUGUUAUCACUGCUGAUGGCUGUGUCGGGCGUCCACUCCAUUGCCUACGCCUUUCCCAAAGUGACUGUUGUCACCACACAAGUGGAUCCCGAAGUGAGCGACAAAUUCUAUAUUAUACCCGGAAUUGGCAAUUAUGGCGACCGCUUUUUCGGCACCGAAGCCACCGCUAUCAUGAUUUUCGAAAACUAUCCAUUUGUCGCAACUAUCCGCAAGAAUGAGACCAAAGGGCUGUCAAACUGGAAGCAGCGGCUCUUCAUCUCAGACAGGGCUCACUUAGUGUUUGAUUUUCACCAAACGGUCGAUGGAUUGCAAGAGAAAGACAGGGGAAAGAAGAGCAUCGGGACGACGAAGAAGGGCAUCGGCCCUACAUAUGCCACAAAGGCGGGUCGCACCGGCAUCAGAAUGGCUGACCUCAUGGGAGAUUAUUCUCUCUUCCAAGAGAAAUUUCGCAGUCUUUCGGCUAAUUUUCGGUCGCAAUUCCCGGACAUAAGUCAGGAUGUGAUCGAUUCAGAGCUCAUUAAAUAUAAACAAUUUGCAGAAGAGAUCCGUCCCUGUGUUAAGGAUACGGUAUCCUAUGUGAGCACUUCCAUGAGGGCCGGCAAGUCUGUGCUCAUCGAAGGCGCCAACGCAACGAUGCUCGACAUCGACUUCGGCACGUAUCCAUUCGUGACGUCGUCCAACUGCACGGUUGGCGGUGUCUGUACAGGUCUAGGCAUUCCUCCGCGUUAUAUCGGCGAUGUGUACGGCGUGACCAAAGCCUACUGAACGCGCGUAGGUGACGGCCCCUUCCCCACCGAACUUUUGGAUCAAACGGGCGAUUAUUUGCAGACAACGGGCAAAGAGAUCGGAGUGACCACUAAGAGGAAGCGUCGGUGCGGUUGGUUGGAUGUCGUACUCCUGCGCUACUCGAAUAUGAUUAAUGGAU